AUGCGCGGAAUGCCAGAUCACCCCCCUUAUCUGGGCUAUCGCCAGAGGCGCAGCAGCUCCAUUGGACGGGAGGCGUCGCAGCGCCUCGAUUGCGCACUCUCCGGGGGCCCUCACUGGCUGCAGCCGGGCACGUCAGCCGGCUGCGGCGUCCAUUGGCCGGGGUGGCAGCGUCUCUUCUGGCAAACGGCGGUGCGGAGAGCGCCGAGGAGGGGCUCCCCGCGGCUGGAGCAGUGCCCCGGGGCCAGCGGAGUCGGCUCGGGUCGACAGCAGCCAGCGCGAGUUUGCAUCGUGAGAGCGUGUGCCCAGCGCCCAGUGCCCAGCGCCCAGAGCCCAGUGCCCAGUUCGCUCGAGGAGUCGCUGUUGUCUGCAUCGCGGGGCUGGCGGGCGGUAGCAGAUCGCGGCGUCGGCUUCGGCAGCUGCACCGCUUCAGGAUGGGCCUGCAACGCGCUGCAACGCGCUGCCAGCCCGGCACCUGAUUUGCAGGCGUCGUCGCCAGACCCGCCGCCCGUCGCCCGCCCGUCGCCCGCCCGUCCAGCUGUCGUUGCCAGCGAUGCGGCGGGCCCAUUGGCGGCGGGCGCUCGCUGCUGCACGGCGUGCAGAGUGCUAGGCCACGCUCGGCGCCGUCGUGCUGACCGCCAGUUGCAAAAGUCGCUCGGCCUUGGCGCGCACGGCCUUGAUCAGUCUGCCCUCGCCUCCGGCCCACGACGAGCUCGACCCGCCAUCCUCAACAAUCACACCGCCUGA